CACUCUCACCACCACACCACGCCGCAAUGUGGAUUCUGGAGCACGAUGGCGACCUCUUCGGCGGCAAAAAGGUCUGGCUGAAGCCCGGCACGCAACAGAUCUUCGGCCGCACCAGGCCGCCUCAAGGUAAAGAGAAUGGCGAUGGCACCAACAACAUCCGGUUCAUUGACGACAAGCGGGUGUCGCGAAAGCACAUCACCAUUGCUGUAUCUGCCGUCGCGACAGGAGAAGGGACACAGCUCCACUCACGCUCGAAAGUUGAGAUCAUCGAGAGUUCGAAGUUUGGGACCUCUGUAGACGGUGCGGCGAAAGUCAAGGGCGAGACGAUUACUUUGACGAAAACUGAACACACGAUACAGCUUGGAAGCUGGGGAGAGCUCCUCAGGAUCAAAUGGCAUCCGGUUGUCUUUACGUUUGCGAUCUCCAAAAAGGAUAUGAGGACUCUCGCGUCUCAAGCGGAGGCUCUCGACAUAAAGACGUCCAUGGAAUACGUCCUCAACACUACAACCCACGUCGUUACACUCAAGCGCAAUACACCCAAAUGCCUCCAAGCUCUCAUUAACGCCAGACAUAUUGUGACAAGCGACUUCGUGAAUGCAGUCAUUGCAGCGGCGACAGCCGAGAAUGCUGACCCGAACAACUACGUUCCCUCCCCAUUCGAACUGGAUUUCGAGGGCAACUGGCCUAAAGAAUUCGAAUUCAUCCCUCCAGUAGGCCAGGAGCCAGUGGCUCGACCAGCCGACUUAUUCAAGCCGGAUCCGAAGAGAGCAGACGUAUUUUCGGGAUAUACAUUUAUAUUCUGCGAUGAGAGACAGUACGAGAGCCUGUCAAACACAGUCAAUAGUGGAGGUGGAAAGGCACUCUUGUUUCCCCUACGACACGGUCAAACAACUGUGGAGGAGUUUGAGGAGUAUGUAAGGUCCACUGCUGGGAACAAGGGAGUUGGCGAAUUUGGGCCAGGAAAAACCGAGAAAGGGGUUGUUGUCAUCCGAUAUACAACCCAGGAUGACGACGUCUGGGCUACCAAUUUCAUGAGCAGUGUUGACUUGGCUCUUAACCAACGGUCAAUGCAGCAAAACGAAUUCUUGGAUGCUGUCACUUUAAAUAAAGCCAGUGGGCUAAGGCGGCCACUCCCUGAAAGCGAAGUUCCUUCGAGCAUGCCAAAGCCUUCGAGAUCAGCGAGAACGCCCAAUGUAGACACUCCAACCACAAGUCAACCACAAUCGAACGUACUAUCAAACCCACCAAAGCCGCCGAAGGCAGCUGCCAGCAGACAUCGAGCUCGCCGCGCAAUCACUACCAAUACCAGCCGCUUUGAAGAUUUCGACGAUUUCGUCCCUGCCAAGUCGCAGCCAGUAGAAGAUGAUUCGAUACCGUCCGAAAUUCCUGAAAGAAGCCAGGCUCGGGAUUCCCAAGCUUUUGAUACACAAACUGGGGGCAUCCAGUUGCAGACUCAAAGCCGUAAACGCCGUUCUCCGCCGUCCGACUCUGAAAUGCAAGACUCAAACCAAAUCGACGCUCUCUUCCCGGCCGCCGCAGCCAUCAAGAAACGUCGCAUUGAUGCCGCUCGCACUCGCGACUCUCCUUCAAAAUCCGCUGAACCAGAAAACGCCGGCAACGCAAGCGCCAACAAACCGAAAGGAACUGCCAAGCAGGUCUAUGAGGAGCUCAAAAAGGCGAAAAAGAAGGCCUCAGAGAAGGAAAAGGAUCUGGACCUCCAUGAACUCGCGCGCAUACGUCGAGAAGCCGAGGAAGAAGCCGCGCGGCUAGAUGCAGAAGCCCUUCGAAACGCGAUGGAGGGCGUCGACAUCUCGGAACUGCGAGGGUUGGCCCACAUCGAGGAAAUGGAGCUACCAGCCCGCACUGCGCGCAGCAACCGCAGAGAAGCCGCCAUAGACCCGCGCUGGGACGCACGAUGGAAUGGCCGCAAGAAUUUCAAGGGCUUUCGUAGGAACAGGCUUGCAGAUGGGAAUCUGCGCGCCCCGCAGAAGGUCUUCGUUCCCUUAGAGGAGGUCUCGCGCGAGCGCGCCCGCGCCCCCGUCGGCGAAGACUACCUCAUCGAAUCGAGCACGCGGUCUGAGCAGGUGCGCGAUUCGCAGCGCUCGGGCCGUUCGGGCCGGUCGGAGGGCAGGCAGAGGCUUGGGAGGGUGGAUGAGGAUCCGGAUGCUUCGACUGUGCCGAUCUUGAAGCGGAGGCAGGCGAUUCUUGCGAAGCGGGCGGCUGAGGCUGCGCAGACGCAGCAGGGCCCUGGGGACGAUCAGGAUACGCAGAUGUCGGAUGUGGUAGAAGAUAGUAUGGGGCGUGACUCGCCCGCGGAGCCAGUGAGAGAAGUGCGGCGAGAACAGCCGGUGCAGUGGGGGAAGAGGCCGGCUGGGUCUGUGGCUGGGAAUCCGCCGCCGCCGAAGAAGGUGAGAGCUGAAACGGCGAAUGGAGAGGAGACGGGAUUUAGAUUUAGGAGGCGGAAACUGUAAAGGGCAUAUUGUGGCAGGCUUGAGAGAUAUUGGUCUUUUAGCGUAUGAGCGUGAUGCGGCGAUGAAGAGCUUUCAAUAGAAACGUUAGGGGUACUAUAGUGCCUUAUCUCCCU